AUGGUAGUGUCGAUUCAGAGCCUGGUUCUGAUAACAGUGGAUCGAUAUGUAGCUGUUGUAGUUCCACUCCGUUCACCCCUCAUCAGUCGCAAGGUGUGUCGCUGUUUGAUUGUUGGUACAUGGAUACUCGCGGUGCUCUUUUGUUGGCCAUAUUUGUUUAACUUCAAUCUUGUUGAAUAUCAAGGAGAAAAGUGGUGCAUCAAUCAGUGGGAUGUGAUCUUUGGAGAGAAAAGCUCGUUUGGUAUUUACCUCCUAUCAGCUUCUAUCUUGUUCUUUUACAUCCCUUCGUCGUCUUGGUGAUACUUUACUCCAUCAUCCUGAUCAAGCUUAAAAAGCAAGCCCAUCCAGGUGAACAAUCAGCCAGCGCUGAGGAACAGAGAACAAGAAGAAACAGAAAAGUGCUCAAGAUGACCGUUGCUAUCGUUGUAGCGUUUUUCAUUUGCUGGAUACCCUUUUCCAUUCAGUUAGUAACAUCUCUUUUUGUACCCAAAAACCAUUUGGGUUGUAAGUUUCGGGUAUCUCUUGAUGUCGCCUUGUUUAUGGCUUGCACAAACUGCAAACUGUGCUAUCAACCCGAUUAUCUGCCUUACCUUUACCAGUAA